CAAUAUGCUAUAAGCACAAAUAUUGAAGAUGAAUCAAUAAAUGAAUCACAAUUAGUUUUUUAUUAUGUACUUACUGAUUGUGAAACACAAUGGUCAAGUACUUUUAAUGCAUGGGGUCAUUUGUUAAUUUUAAGACCAUUCAUUGAUAUUCUUUCUACAACAAUAAAUGUAAAGAAUGUUGAUGUGAAAACAAAAAAAGAUGGAAAGCAUCAAGAUGAAUUAAAGGAUGCAUUUGAUGAUCUACAAUUUGAAGACGAGGAGGAAGAUGAUGAACCAAAAGCAAAGCAAAGAAUCAAAAUUAAUAAUCCAGUAAAUACGAUUGGAUUAAUUGAUGCAAUUAAAGAUAAAUUUUAUUAUGCAAUAAAUGUCUAUUAUAAAGAUUUAGAGCUUGAUGGUCUUGUUGCUUCAUUUUUGGAUCCAUAUUAG